UGGGCGUAAUUACAACGAUUUUAUGGACAUAGUAUUGCGGCAUAAGUUGGAUGAAACUAGUGCUGAGAGUAAGACAUCGGACGCUAACUAUAUAACGGAAAACGAGAUUCUGGCCAACAGUUGGGUAUUUUUCAACAGCGGUUGUAAAAUAAUAUCAUCGACACUAUCGUUCGCCACAUACGAGUUGGCCCGCAAUCAACGCAUACAACAAACCCUAUACGAGGAGAUCGCGGCCGCCGUCGCACCGGACGGACACAUAGGGAUGGAUGCGCUCAAUAAACUACCUUUUCUGGAGGCCGUUGUGUCCGAAUCAUUACGUCUUCACACCGUAUCCAUACGUAUCCGGCGAAUAGCCGAUAGGGACUACCGGUUGGGCGACACCGGCAUCACUAUUGAAAAGGGCCACACCGUAGACAUACCCGUCCACGCGAUGCAUCACUACGAGCCAUAUUACCCCAAUUACCAGCAGUUUGAUCCGGGUAGAUUUUUGAAUAAAAAUGACCAUAGUAAUGGUACUAAGCCCUACGCGUACAUACCGUUUAGCGAUGGCAAUCGUGUUUGUUUGGCAAAACGCUAUGCCCUGCUCGAAAUCAAAACGACCCUGGCCAAACUGGUGCGCCGGUACCGAUUUUACACCACUGAUAACACUGAUAUACCCGUGCGUUUGGUGUCCAGUUUAUUCCAUUACUCGCCGCAACUCAUGUACAGUGAGGCAGCUCGUCGAAAGAUACCUCGUCCGGCUUUCCCGGAAAAGGCUGGGUCUCCGUGCGAUUAUGACGAGACGUGUGAAUUGUGGGAAUGUGGCGGUUAUCAGAUAGCGAAGGGUAAACGAGGCUACUGUUUGGACCCGAAACGAGAAGACUGUUUGCCUAACAAUAAGAAGUGUGUCGAUGACGAGGAAUGUUGUUCUACCAAGUGCGAAAUCACCUUCUCAACCUACAAGACUUGCACAAACUAUUUCACGCGUAACCAUAACUAUUGGGCCAAACGUGGUGUAAAUGGGCCAAAACCGGUGCCCGGCUUUGGCAAUACAUUGAGUCCAUUCCUCACCGAACCGGUAGUGUUGGAGAAACAAUGGGUCCAGAAAUACGGCAAAGUCUAUGGCAUAUACGAGGCCAACAAACCCAUACUGACAGUGGCGGACGCGGCGCUCAUCAAAGCCAUAGUGGCCACCGAUUCGCACGUAUUUAGGGAUAACGUGACGGACCCCAUACUGCAGGCGCCG